UUGAAACUAGAUGGUACUGUGAUAUUUUCUUCACAUAUUUUUUCUAACCUUAAUACCAUUGUUGCAAAUGAGGUUAAUUUUUGUAAGGAGGCAUGCAACCCUGGGUCCAUGUAUGGAAUUGAACGGGAGGCAGGGAAUGACAGUCUCAGUGAAGUUGAAGAAAUUUUGCCUCAAAAUGAGUCAGAGUUUUCAAACUUUGACAUUGUCAAAGCAACUCAGUACGGUGCACUGGAGCGAUGCCAGGAGCUAGUCGAGGCAGGAUAUGAUGUCAACAGAAGAGACAGUGAAAACGUCACUCUACUUCACUGGGCCGCCAUCAACAACAGAAGAAGUAUUGUCAAAUACUACAUCACAAAAGGUGCAGUGGUGGAUGCCAUUGGAGGCGAGCUACUUUCUACACCACUGCACUGGGCGACACGACAAGGCCACCUGGGCAUGGUGGUGCUGCUGAUCCAGUACGGGGCAGACCCCAGCAUGCGUGACGGUGAGGGCUGUUCUUGCAUCCACUUGGCCGCUCAGUUCGGACACACUGCCAUCGUCGCGUACCUCCUCGCCAGGGGCGCCGACGUCGACAUGAGGGACAAGAACGGCAUGACGCCGCUCAUGUGGAGUGCCUACAGAGUCACCAGUGUGGACCCAACGCGUUUGCUGCUGACGUUUGGAGCGAGCGUGAGCACCCGUGACAGACUGCACGGCAACACGCCGCUGCACUGGGCUGUGCAGGCCAAGAACAGCGUCGCCGCCUCCGUCCUUGUCAACCAUGGGGCCUGCAUCGACUCUCCCAAUGCCCAGGGCUUGUCUGUUUACAGUCUUAUAAUGAAGAGAAAAUCUCAUUGGGUUGACAAGAAGGUUAUGGACAAAGUACAAGAAUCUCAAAAACAGCAGAAAAAUUUCAUUUAUCGGUUUUUCCGUGAUAAGAAAUUACGGUACUGGUCGAUGAUGCUGAGUCCCGUGCUGAUAUUUUACGUGGUCGGGCUGGUGUUUCAACUGGAGAUGCUGUACGUCAUCAAGCUGGGGCUCUUCAUGGCGCUCUACCUCGUUGUUUAUGGCGCCUCGCUUCUCCUCUACGAUGAUAGACUUAUGACAGUCAUGCCCAUGGCUGUCUAUCUUGCCACUAAAUUUUGGUUCUACGUGACAUGGGUGAUAUAUAUUCACGACAGCGUUGGACUGUGGUUCAGCUGCGUGUUCAUGGGCAGCUCGCUGCUGCUGUGGUACAACUUCAUCAAGGCCUGGCGAGGCGAUCCUGGCAUCAUCGCUGCAGAUCAAACACAGAAAUACAAGACGAUUGUAGAACUAGCGGAGCAGGACGGUUUUGACCCGGCGUGGUUCUGCUCGACCUGCUUGGUGCGCCGGCCUCUGCGCUCCAAGCACUGCGCCGUCUGCAACAGAUGCGUUGCUAAGUUCGACCAUCACUGUCCCUGGGUCGGCAACUGCAUUGGCGCUUUGAACCUGCGCUACUUCGUGGGGUACCUGCUGAGCCUGAGCCUCAUGUGCGCCCUCAUGCUCAAGGGCUGCAUAGAGUUCUGGCUCGUCAGCUGCAGCAUCAGCUUCCCUCACGUCGGCCUCUGGACUGGCAUAGGCAUGGCGGGGACAUGUGAACCGUGGGUGGCGUGGGUGGCUAGCAACGCUCUGCUGCACGUCGGCUGGGUCACCACCCUCCUCGCCUGCCAGCUCUACCAGAUCUUAAUUCUGGCGAUGACGACAAAUGAGCGUAUGAACUGCUACAGAUACCGCCAUUUUCAAACGGGCAAGAAGGGCGAGGUGAGGUCUCCCUUCAAUCGAGGCGUGUGCCGCAACUUGGUCGACCUGCUGGGCGUUCGAUGCUUCGGUUUACUGCGUCCGUCACAGCGGGACUGGCGCGUCAUGUACACGCUUGAGGACGCCACAGCUCCUGACACUCCUAGUGAUGCUUCUGAGGAGCGCCGCCCUCUGAUGCACGACGACGCUCAUGAGCCUUUUGGAUUUGUUUAAUUGUUUUAGCUGGACUCGAGCCUCUUGAUGUGUAACUCUUAAUCUAAGAUAUUUAAAUUCACGUACUGUGUGCAAAUGAGAUCUGGAUGCGUGCUCUGUCCAUACUGCCGCGGCUCUUUUGCUUUAGAGAGUUAUAAUAAAAUGUUAGCGUUAUUUAGUGUAUUUGUUGCAAGGGUUCAGUGCUGUAAGGAAAGUGCUUUGCUAACAUCAACUUUAGGAGACUAAACUCUGCUUCAAAAAUUUUGCUAGUCAUCAACCCUGCAAUUGGAAGAAUGAGCUUAGCUUCGAGGAAUAACUAUAUUGUGAGAUAUAUUGUUCAUUCACUUCCGUAACAAGGAAAAUAAAUUUAUUCCCCCACACCCCUUAUAUUCAAUAUUAUGGUAGCUCGGCAGGUUAAUUCUGGUAUCAUGAAGAAUCUGACGAGAGUCUACUAAUUACCCGUUCAUGUUCCAAUGAUAUUCGUUUGACUGGUUGACGUUCUUAUGAUGGAGCAUCUUUUAUCAGUGCUUCCGUCUAGCUGUUGAUUGUGACUAGUUCAUAAUUUGUAUUUGUUAACUAAAUAAUAACAUUGCCGAUAUCCCGUCGUUCAAUUUAGGCAGUGUUUGUGAUCCUGAAUUCAAAAGCUAAUUAAAAUGACGAAAUUUAUCCCAUAGUAUAUUACUUUAUUUGUGUGCAUUGCGAUGUGAAUCCCGCUUCACAAUCUAAGUUAUGGUUCAUUGUAUAUUAAUUGCUGGAUAUAAAAUCUAAUAAGACAGCUCUACGCUCUCCACUUUGAGCCUUUCUAAGUCAACUUAGCUUUAAUAAGUGUGUAGUUGUAGGAUUUACAGUUCCAUUAGAAUUAGAUAAGACUGGUUGGAGAAGAUCGUGCGGGGAUGAAAGCUCGUAUCAACUUUGCUAUGCAAGUCAAGGAUCCGCACGCAAGCUGCACUAGCUCAGCUAAUCGCUACUAAUGAAGCUCGUCUUGCAUGUGAUGUUGGUAGUUGACGAUGGGGGCCGUACUAUCAAAACUUGUUUAAGUUCACAGAGCAGCAAAUUUCUCAUCUGAUUUAUGGUUUUAGUUUGACGAACGUUAUGGAUUGGCUAAUAGAGUUGUGAAGUACUCCAUUAGUAGUAGUACAUAGUUUUUAAAGUACGGCUCCUGAUCUACACUGACACGCAUCUGAUUGUGUAAUUGAGGACUGGUCUCUGAUUGAUAUUUUUAACAGUAGUAAGGAUUGUCACGUAAUAUUGAUAACGGGUUUGUCGCUCUUUCGGCAAACAAAAGUUCACCAAACCACGUGAUUUUAUCUAUUUCCAUGAAAUCUUGCACAUUUACUAGUACAUGGUGUUGUCUAAGUAUAGGGUUAAGUAUGAGUACCUAUAGUGUUGAAGUGAGUGCUUGCUACUCACCGUUGACGUUGCCUGCCCACCGUCAAAUAAAGAUCGUAUUGGUCCGCUGCCUUAUGGUUGAAUUGCUGACAGCAAUGGCAGGACCAUAUGGCGGUGUUUACUAGUAUGGUGUUGUCUAAGUAUAGGGUUAAGUAUGAGAAUAGUGUUGAAGUGAGUGCUUGCUACUCACCGUUGACGUUGUCUGCCCACCGUCAAAUAUGUACGACGAAUAAGAUCGUAUUGGUCCGCUGCCUUAUGGUUGAAUUGCUGACAGAAAUGGCAGGGCCAUAUGGCGGUGAACCGCGGCACAAAUAAACAUACAAAGGCUGGUGGACAGUUGAUAGGGAACUUCCGCGGCUAUUUAAGACAAGUUGCAAUUAAUUUGGCAAGUUAAAAUUUUAAAUGAAGAUUUAAAUGUACAGUGCGUUGCGAGGGAUGAUUUAUAUGUAUACUCAGUUUUUUUGUGGUACAUGUUGGGCUGGUAACCUCGUAUUUUAGUUUUAGUGCAUUGUCUGCAAUGCUUUAUAUUUCACUUUAAACAAUUCCAUACCUCUUGCACUGUUGGCAUUUCAUCCUCUACUACAAAUAAUGAAUACAUCUACUCAAUAAUUUAUAUGGUGUCACCAAUUUAGACCUCCUCUUGCCAUGAUGCUUACUAAACUCUUAUGUUCACAAAGAUUUUCAAAGGGAUUGGCUUUCGGUUGAUUUCCCUUCUUUUAUCUUUUAUGUUUAUUUUUAAUUUAUGGGGGAAUUCUUUGAUUAUUUUUGUUGCUCUACAUUUGGAUGGAAGCUAAAUGUUC